UAAACAAUGAUUUUGUUUUUCUUAGGUGAGGAAUUCGACCAAGAGGUAUGACAUUCAUUAACUCUUUUUUUUUUUUAAAAAAAAAAGGUAAUUGAUUAUUUUACACAUGGAUUCUUUGGAGAAAAAGAUCAGUAAGGGAAAAAGGAUGAAUUUAGAGUUAGAAUGUCCACCAUUAUCCAAGAAGAACAAGUCACACAAGGAUGGAUUCUCUGUGCAGACCAAAAGAUCUUAUGUAAAAGACUUGGUUGCUGCUUGGAAUAGUUUGAGUAAUCUUGACAAAGUGAGGUUUGACAAGAAAUUUGGUAGAAUAGCUGAUGUGCUGCAAGUAGAGCUAGACUGGGAAAUCAUUAGGGCAAGCUUAAGAUUUUAUGUCCCGCAUCUUUGUUGCUUUGUUUUUCUUGAGUUUGAGUUGGUACCUACCAUUGAAGAAUAUUUUCAGUUAUUGUUCAAUCGCCCAGAAAUGAGUUCAGAAGUUUAUGUCCCAAACCCUGUUAACUUUCAAUUAAAUAAGUUACAAUUUCAGUCCAUACUACAAAAGAUUUUGAGCUUUCCUUUAGAGUUCACAAAAGGUUGCAUUAUGAAGAAAAAUGAAGUUUGGGGAGUUAAUUGGAACAUGAUGUAUUCCAAAUUAAAGUUUGAUCUAAGUUCACUUUCUGAGGAGGACUGGUUAAAUUUUGUUGCCUUAGGUAUAUAUGGAAUGGUUAUUUUGCCCACUAAUAUGGAUAGUAUUAGUUCAUCGGUUGUAGCCAUGUUCGAGCAGUUGAUCAAGAAUCCAAAUCUUAAUGUUGCUCGGAUUUUAAUUGCUGAAACUCUACGCAAUGCUGACUAUAUUCAAGCUCAUGGCAAGGGUAGAUUCACAUGCUCUGCUAGUUUGUUUACAAUAUGGAUACAUGCGCAUUUAUCAAAGGUAAAUGUCUCCACAAUUAAGGAGUUUGGAAUUUUGCAAAAAGAGAAUCAAUUGGAAAAGAAAAUGGUUGACCAAUGGCAUCAACAAUUCUUGAACUUGAGAUUCGAAGACAUAGUCUGGUGUGUGACAUGGUUGAAGUCUACUGAUUACUUUUAUCCUCCACGUGGCCAUAACUGGAUUCCGUUAUUGGGCAUUCGAGGAGCUAUUAGCUAUAGUUCAGCAUUAGUGAUGAGGCAAUUUCGUGAUAGGCAAAGUAAACCAUUGCUAGAUGGUAUCACUUCAUAUGGGUUUGAUUAUUCUCUUGAUACUCAAGUAAUUAAUCAAAUUGGCUUUGCCAAGGAAGUAUGGUCACAAUGUGAAGUUCGUUUCUCAAGGAACAAGAUUUUAGUCACUUUUGAGUUUGAAGAAUGGAGGAAAGUUUGGCUUCAACACAUAGUUAUCCCUUAUGACAUUCCUAUCAUUAAAGAAGCUAUCAUUGUGGAUUUGAAGAAAAGAAUAGCAGAGCUAGAAGCUUUGUCGUGUGCUUAAAGGGUCAAGCAUGAAAACUAAAUUAGAGAGAAAAAUAUGGACAUUUAUUUUCUGGAAGGUGAGAAGCAAAAAUUGAUUAAGGAAAAGAAUUCCAUAACUUUUGAAAAAGAGGAGGUAGAGAAAGAAAUUGACAAGCAGGCU